AGAAUUGUGUGAUGAAUGAAAAUAUAUCUAGAUGCAGGUGUUCGGUUCUAAAUUAACGAAAAACCAACGAAAACAUCGAGUUCCACCGAAGUUGCUUGCGCAGUGGGAGCAACUUUUUAUUGUAAGGAUAUUAUGUGAAAUGAGCGCAGUAUAUGUUUACUAUGAAGAUUAAAAAAUAUGUAACUCCUGUAAAAAGAAAAGAUUUCACUAUAUUCCAAUGGAUUUCACUGCUGUGUAGUCUAUGGCUAAUUCCAACUGUACAAAACAAAUCCGAUGGCAAGCACACAGCGCCCCUCGAAUAUAGACUAGAGAACCAAUUGGAAAAUCUAUAUCGCUUUAGCCACAAUGUAUAUAAUGUUACCAUACCAGAAAAUAGUCUGGGUAAGACUUACGCUAAGGGAGUAUUGCAUGAAAGACUGGCCGGCAUGAGAGUUGGCUUGAACGCAGAAGUUAAGUAUAGGAUAGUGAGCGGCGAUAAGGAGAAGCUAUUUAAAGCUGAAGAGAAACUGGUCGGAGACUUUGCCUUCUUAGCUAUUCGAACUCGAACAAAUAACGUUGUGCUAAACAGAGAAAAAACUGAAGAAUACGUAAUAAGGGUAAAAGCACAUGUACAUUUGCACGACAGAAAUAUAUCAAGCUAUGAAGCGGAAACGAAUAUUCACAUUAAAGUAUUGGAUCGCAACGACUUGAGUCCAUUAUUUUACCCAACCCAAUAUACUGUAGUUAUUCCAGAGGACACUCCAAAAUAUCAAAGUAUUCUAAAGGUCACCGCGGACGAUGCAGAUCUCGGGAUCAAUGGCGAAAUUUACUACAGUCUGCUAAUAGAUAGCGAGUAUUUCGCCAUCCAUCCAACUACUGGUGAAAUCACCCUUUUACAGCCACUUCAGUAUGCGGAAAACUCGCACUUUGAGCUCACGGUCCUCGCCUAUGACAGGGGAUCUUGGGUGAACCAUCAGAACCACCAGGCGAGCAAGGCCAAGGUGAGCAUUUCGGUGAAACAGGUUAACUUUUAUGCUCCGGAAAUCUUUACAAAAACCUUCUCGAGCGUGACGCCAACAUCGAAUCCAUUGAUAUAUGGCAUUAUUCGGGUAAAUGAUAAGGACAUUGGGGUAAAUGGAAAUAUUGGACGACUGGAAAUCGUCGAUGGCAACCCGGAUGGCACGUUUCUUCUAAGAUCCGCAGAGACCAAAGACGAGUACUAUAUCGAAUUAAAUCAGUUUGCGCACCUAAGUCAGCAGCAUUUUAUUUACAAUUUAACCUUACGAGCGGAGGACUUGGGAACUCCACGCAGAUUUGCCUACAAAUCAGUACCGAUACAAAUUAAGCCCGAGAACAAAAACAUUCCUAUUUUCACACAAGAAAUCUACGAUGUCUCCAUUCCGGAAACGGCCCCCAUUAACAUGCCUGUGAUAAGGCUAAAAGUAAGCGAUCCUGAUUUGGGAAAGAAUGCGCUGGUCUACUUGGAGAUCGUUGGUGGGAACGAAGGCGAUGAAUUUCGCAUUAAUCCAGACUCCGGAAUGCUGUACACCGCCAAGCAGCUCGACGCCGAAAAGAAGUCUAGUUAUACAUUAACCGUCUCGGCCAUUGACCAGGCCAACGUUGGAUCCCGUAAGCAAUCCUCGGCGAAGGUGAAAAUCAGCGUGCAGGAUAUGAACGACAAUGACCCGAUUUUCGAGAAUGUAAACAAAAUGAUAAGUAUCAACGAAAACAACUUGGCUGGCUCCUUCGUUGUGAAGCUCACAGCCAAGGACAGGGACUCUGGUGAAAACUCGUACAUAUCUUAUAGUAUUGCCAAUCUCAAUACGGUGCCCUUUGAAAUCGACCACUUCAGCGGUAUUGUUAAGACCACCUCUCUCAUUGACUACGAAACAAUGAAGAGGAACUAUGAACUGAUAAUACGGGCAUCGGAUUGGGGAUUGCCGUACAGAAGGCAGACGGAAAUUAAACUUUCCAUCGCCAUCAAGGACAUUAACGAUAACAGGCCUCAGUUCGAGCGCGUUAACUGCUAUGGAAAAGUUACUAAAUCGGCCCAGAUGGGGACAGAAGUUUUCGUUACCUCCGCCAUUGACUUCGACUCGGGCGACAUUAUUUCGUAUCGGUUGAGCGACGGGAACGAGGAUGGGUGCUUUAGCUUAGAUCCUUCUACCGGUGCCCUGUCCAUUGCCUGUGACCUGAUGAAAACAUCUCUGACAAAUCGUGUCCUUAAAGUAUCUGCCACCGAUGGAACUCAUUUCUCCGAUGAUCUGAUCAUAAAUGUACACCUAAUGCCCGAAGACUUGGGCGGAGAUGCCAGUGUUUUGCAUGGCUUUGGGUCGUUUGAGUGCCGAGAGACCGGAGUGGCCAGAAGGCUAGCUGAAACAAUAGCAUUGGCGGAAAAGAACAACGUAAAGAGUGUGUCGGAAUCGGUGUUCAGCGACUUGUCCCUGACUCCCAGUCGAUAUGGCCAAAAUGUGCACAGACCUGAAUUCGUAAACUUUCCGCUGGAGUUGUCUAUAAACGAAAGUGUUCAGUUGGGCGAAACCGUGGCGUGGAUAGAGGCCAAGGACCGAGAUUUGGGCUACAAUGGCAAACUGGUUUUCGCCAUUUCCGACGGGGACUAUGAUUCCGUUUUUCGAAUCGAUCCCGACCGCGGCGAGCUUCAGAUAAUUGGCUAUUUAGAUAGAGAACGUCAAAAUGAAUAUGUCCUAAACAUCACCGUCUACGAUUUGGGCAACCCCAUUAAAUCAAAUUCAAAAAUGCUUCCUAUUUCGAUCCUUGAUGUGAAUGACAAUCGCCCGGUCAUACAGAAGACUCUAGCGACCUUCCGGCUGGCGGAAAGUGCCAGGAUAGGCACUGUGGUGCAUUGCAUACAUGCCACGGAUGCGGACUCGGGUGUAAAUGCUCAAGUGACUUAUGCCUUAUCCGUUGAAUGUAGUGAUUUUGCGGUCAAUGCUACUACAGGCUGCAUUCGAUUAACAAAGCCACUCGAUCGCGAAAGACAGGACAACUAUGCCCUACAUAUAACGGCGAAGGAUGGCGGAAAUCCAGUUCUAUCCUCGGAGGCUCUUGUUUACGUUCUGGUCGAUGAUGUCAAUGACAACGCCCCGGUUUUUGGAGUUCAAGAAUAUAUAUUCAAAGUACGCGAAGAUAUUCCACGAGGAACUGUAUUGGCCGUAAUAGAAGCAGUCGACGAUGACAUUGGCCCGAAUGCCGACAUUCUCUUCUCUCUUAAGGAAGAGACGCAGGAUGAGGAGCUGUUUAGGAUCGAUAAGCACACGGGUGCGAUUAGGACACAAGGAAAUCUGGACUAUGAGAACAAACAAGUGCAUAAUCUCAUUGUUAGUGCCAUUGAUGGCGGCGACCCUUCCUUGACAUCCGAUAUGCCCAUAGUGAUAAUGAUCAUCGAUGUCAACGAAAAUCGUUUCGCUCCCGAAUUCGAUGACUUUGUGUAUGAAGGGAAAGUAAAGGAGAACCGACCAAAGGGAACAUUUAUAAUGAAUGUUACUGCUCGCGACAUGGACACAAUUGACCUAAACUCGAAAAUAACGUAUUCCAUCACCGGUGGCGAUGGCCUUGGCAUUUUCGCUGUCAAUGAUCAAGGUUCAAUAACUUCCUUAUCGCAACUUGAUACGGAGUCGAAAUCCUUCUAUUGGCUGACACUAUGUGCCCAGGACAGUGCCAUUGUUCCACUUAGCAAUUGUGUUGAAGUUUAUAUCGAAGUCGAGAACGAAAACGAUAACAUACCGCUGACGAGCAAGCCAGUUUACUAUGUAAAUGUUACGGAAGCGAGUGAGGAGAACGUCGAGAUCAUUACCCUGAAUGCCGUAGAUCCAGAUAUUGAUCCUGCACAGUUUAUUACCUACAGUAUUGUAUCUGGAAACCUGGUCGGCUACUUUGAAAUUGACUCAAAAACAGGAGUAAUUAAGACCACAGAGCGCAAAUUGGAUAGAGAAAAUCAGGCGGAACACAUUUUGGAGGUUGGUAUAUCAGAUAAUGGAUCCCCUGUGCUAUCAUCUACUUCGAGAAUCGUUGUAUCAGUCCUGGAUAUUAACGAUAAUAGUCCGGAGUUUGACCAACGGGUUUACAAAGUCCAAGUUCCAUCUUCAGCCGUUGUGAAUCAGUCCAUAUUUCAAGUCCACGCUAUUGACAACGAUGAUGGCGAAAAUGGACGUAUUUCAUAUUCUAUCAAGUCAGGAAAGGGUAAAAAUAAGUUUCGGAUCGAUAGCCAGAGGGGACACAUAUAUAUAGCUAAACCAUUGGAGUCCGACAAUGAGUUUGAAAUUCACAUAAAAGCUGAAGACAACGGGAUUCCGAAAAAGAGUCAAACCGCCCGAGUUAAUAUAGUUGUAGUUCCUGUUAAUCCCAACUCGCAGGCGGCACCCUUGAUAGUAAAGAAGUCUACUGAAAACGCUGUCGUUGAUCUCACGGAGAAUGAUAAGCCAGGCUUCUUGGUGACUCAAGUGCUGGCUGUCGAUGACGACAACGACCAACUAUGGUACAACAUUUCCAGUGGCAAUGAAGACAACACUUUUUAUAUUGGCCAAGACAACGGAAACAUUUUGCUUUCCAAGUAUCUGGACUAUGAAACAAAAAAGUCUUAUAAUCUAACUAUAAGUGUGACUGAUGGGACAUUCACAUCGUUUACUAAUCUCCUGGUUCAAGUUAUUGAUAUCAAUGAUAACACGCCGCAGUUCGCAAAGGAUGUGUACCAUGUGAAUAUAUCGGAAAAUAUUGAAGAGGAAUCCAUUAUUAUGCAGCUGCACGCAACUGAUAGGGACGAAGAUAAGAAGCUAUUCUAUCACCUACAUGCCACACAGGAUCCGUCAUCCCUGGCCUUGUUUCGGAUCGAUUCCAUCAGUGGAAAUGUAAUUGUCACGCAAAGAUUGGACUUUGAGAAGACCGCCCAACACAUUCUGAUUGUCUUUGUCAAAGAUCAAGGCGCUCCUGGAAAAAGAAACUACGCCAAAAUCAUUGUAAAUGUCCAUGACCAUAACGACCAUCAUCCGGAAUUCACGUCGAAAAUAAUUCAAAGCAAGGUCCCAGAGAGUGCAGCGGUGGGCUCCAAGCUGGCCGAAGUGAGGGCCAUCGAUCGGGACAGCGGUCACAAUGCUGAGAUCCAGUACUCGAUAAUAACGGGGAACGUGGGAAGCGUGUUUGAUAUCGACCCAAUCUUUGGAGUGAUAACGCUGGCCGGCAGCUUGAACAUUAACAAGAUCCAAGAGUAUAUGCUUCAAGUGAAGGCAGUAGAUAUGGGUAGUCCUCCUCUCUCGUCGCAAAUACCCGUUCACAUAAUUGUCACCAUGUCGGAGAACGACCCGCCAAAGUUCUCGACCAACAACAUUGCCAUUGAAAUAUUCGAAAACCUUGGCAUUGGAACCUUUGUAACCCAAGUCGCCGCUCGAUCGUCCUCAUCCAUUUUCUUUAAUAUUAUUUCUGGCAACGCAAACGACAGCUUUCGAAUUAACCCAUCCACGGGAGUUAUUGUUAUUAACGGAAAUAUCGACUACGAACUAAUCAAGGUAUUUAACCUUACUGUUAAAGGUACCAAUAUGGCAGCUGAGUCCGCCUGCCAAAACGUAAUAAUACAUAUCCUAGACGACAACGAUAAUAUUCCGUAUUUUGUUCAAAAUGAAUAUGUGGGAGUCUUAUCUGAAUCCGCCGAAGUAGGAUCUUAUGUACUUAAAGUACAUGAUUCAACAAAAGAUCAUUUAACAUUACAAGUGAAGGAUGCCGAUGUCGGAGUAAAUGGAAUGGUUGAAUACCAUAUAAACAACGAUCUGGCUAAAAGAGUGUUUAAAAUAGAUUCGACCACUGGCGCUAUAGAAUUGUUAAGACUUUUGGAUUAUGAAACGAAGUCUAGCUAUACAUUCGAUGUUACUGUUAGUGACAUGGGCAAACCCAAAUUACAUUCCACGACAACAGCUCACGUGACAAUACGCGUUAUUAAUGUCAACGACUGUCCGCCAGUAUUUAACGAGAGAGAACUUAAUGUAACACUGUUCCUGCCAACUUUUGAAAACGUGUUCGUUGCUCAAAUUAAUGCAAAGGAUGCUGAUAAUGAUACCUUACGCUUCGACAUUGUGGAUGGGAAUUCCGAUGAAUGCUUUCAAAUAGACAAAUACACUGGGAUUUUGACAACACGGAAUUUUGAAAUUUUAAACAAUCAAAAUGAUCACAAUGAUUAUAACUUGCAUGUUCGUGCCUCUGACGGAAUAUACUCGGCCAUUUUAAUCGUAAAGAUACGGAUUGUUUCUGCCGCGGAUUCAAACUUUGCAUUUCAGAGAGAAUCGUACAGAUUUUCGGCAUUCGAAAAUAACACUAAGGUGGCGACAAUCGGACUUGUUAAUGUGAUUGGAAACUCGCUGAACGAAAAUGUCGAGUACAGAAUCUUGAAUCCAACGCAGUUGUUCAAUAUCGGAAUAAGUUCAGGAGCUCUAAAAACCACAGGAGUGAUUUUCGAUCGUGAAGCACAGGAUUUGUACAGGCUUUUUGUUGAAGCCAAGUCCGUUGUAGUACUUGACGGACUGAAUGCGAGUGUGCGCCGAGCAGUUACUUCCGUAUACAUAUCCGUCUUGGACAUAAAUGACAAUUGUCCCUUGUUCGUCAAUAUGCCCUAUUAUGCCACUGUUUCCAUAGAUGACCCGAGAGGUACGAUUAUAAUGCAGGUCAAGGCUGUCGACUUGGAUAGUGCCGAGAACGGCGAGGUUCGUUAUGAGUUGAAAAAGGGAAAUGGUGAAUUGUUCAAACUGGAUCGAAAGACGGGAGAGUUGUCCAUAAAACAACAUGUUGAAGGUCAUAAUAGACAUUAUGAACUAACUGUUGCUGCUUAUGAUGGUGCGAUUACUCCGUGCUCUUCAGAAGCUCCACUUCAGGUUAAGGUAAUUGACCGCUCCAUGCCCAUAUUUGAGAAGCAGUUUUACACUGUGAGCGUAAAAGAGGAUGUGGAAAUGUAUUCGGCCCUGUCCGUAUCCAUUGAAGCCGAAAGUCCCUUGGGAAGGAGUCUUAUUUACACAAUUUCAUCUGAAAACCAAUCGUUCGAAAUUGAUUACAACACAGGAUCAAUUUUCGUGGUAAACGAACUGGAUUAUGAAGAAAAAAGUAGCCACGAUGUUUCAAUUCGAGCAACCGAUAGUCUUUCUGGAGUUUUUGCCGAAGUCGUUCUAUCUGUCUCUAUUAUUGAUGUAAAUGACUGCUAUCCAGAGAUUGAGAGUGAUUUAUACAAUAUAACCAUUCCGGAGAAUUCUUCAUUUGGAACACAAAUUUUAAAAAUAAAUGCAACCGACAAGGACUCGGGUGCCAAUGCGAAACUCUCCUAUUACAUUGAAUCAAUUAAUGGACAAAACAACUCCGACCUGUUCUAUAUAGAUGUCACAGAUGGAAAUCUGUACUUGAAGACUCCUUUGGACUACGAGCAAAUCAAAUACCACCACAUUGUUGUUAAUGUAAAAGACCAUGGAUCGCCAUCACUAAGCUCAAGAUCGAACAUAUUCAUAACAGUUAAAGACUUGAAUGAUAACCCUCCAUGCUUUGUCGAGCCAUCGUACUUCACCAAACUAUCCGUAGCAGCCGUUCGUGGACAGUUUGUUGCCUUACCUAAGGCAUACGACAAAGAUAUCUCCGACACUGAUUCGCUCGAGUACAAAAUCGUCUACGGAAAUGAACUGCAAACGUAUAAUAUUGAUAAACUUACUGGCGUAAUAUCUCUACAAAACAUGCUAAAUUUCACCGAUAAAAGCAGCACAGUUUUAAAUAUUUCGGUUUCGGAUGGAGUUCAUACCGCAUACGCACGUUUGAAAAUAUCACUACUACCGGAAAACAUGUAUAGUCCGCAGUUUGAUCAGAUGGCAUAUGAGGCGAAAAUUCCGGAAAAUCAGUUGCAUGGCCAUAACAUAAUAACGGUGAAAGCAUCCGAUGCGGAUUAUGGCCCGUAUUCAAAUCUUUAUUAUGAGAUAGUUUCUGAAGAAAUGAAAAAGUUCUUCCUUAUUGACCAAACAACGGGUGUGAUUACCUCAAGAGUUACGUUUGAUCGUGAGAAAAGGGCUGAGUAUGUGGUCCUCGUGAAGGUAUCUGAUGGCGGCGGUAAAUUUGGAUUCGCAUCGGUCAAGAUCAUGGUUGUUGAUAUCAAUGAUAACGUUCCAUAUUUCCUAUUGAAGGAAUACAAAAUUGUUAUAAGCACAGCGGCCGAAGCAAACAAAACUAUUUUAACGGUAAAGGCAAAAGACGAUGAUAUAGACGAUAAUGGAUCUGUCAGCUACCAAAUUGUUGAAAAGUCUAUCGAUAAAGCAUCUAUAGAUGUAAUUGAAGUUCACGAGAAUACUGGAGAUGUUCUACUCAAGCAAGAUGCGGCAACCCUUGGCGUUGGUUCUUUUCAGUUCUUUCUUCGUGCCUCCGAUCAUGGAGAACCAAAGUUUCAUUCCGAAGUACCAGUUUCAAUCGAAAUAAUUGACACUGAUGCGAGCAGCAUUCCUCUAUUCGAAAAGCCUUCAAUUCUGCUUAAGAUAAUCGAAUCUACGCCACCGGGAACCGUUCUAACCAAACUACAUACUAUCGGAAACUUUACAUUUAAAUAUGCAAUAGCAGCCGAACAGGACAACUUCAUGAUAUCGGAUAACGGAGAGCUAAUCCUUCAGCAAACGCUGGACAGGGAGCAAAGAGAGUCUCACCAUCUAAUUGUCGUAGCGGAAACAGCUACCGUUCCGGUUCUUUUUGCUUAUGCUGAUGUAUUGAUCGAUGUGAGAGAUGAAAAUGACAAUUACCCCAAGUUUGACAAUACGUUUUACAGUGCUAGUGUGGCAGAGAACAGUGAAAAGGUUAUUUCGUUGGUAAAAGUGUCGGCCACAGAUGCUGACAGUGGGCCAAACGGCGAUAUUCGCUACUACCUAGAAGGUGAUACCGAAAACAUUCAAAAUAUAUUUGACAUUGACAUUUAUACUGGCUGGAUAACUCUGCUUACCUCCUUAGACCGAGAGGUUCAAUCUGAGUAUAAUUUUAAGGUAAUUGCCGCGGAUAAUGGACACCCAAAACAUGAUGCCAGAGUACCUGUAACAAUCAAGAUUGUCGAUUACAAUGACAACGCACCUACAUUUAAACUGCCUAUUGAAAGACUGUCUGUUUUCGAGAACGCCCUUCCCGGAACUGUUUUGAUCAACCUAAUUCUAAUUGAUCCGGAUAUCGAGAAGCAGGAGAUGGACUUUUUCAUCGUAUCCGGUGACAAGCAGGCACAGUUUCAGAUCGGUAAAAGCGGAGAGUUAUUUAUUGCCAAACCAUUAGAUCGCGAGCAAUUAGUGUUCUACAACCUAACUAUAAUUGCCACUGAUGGAAAGUUCACUGCCAAAGCAAACGUAGAGAUAGACGUAAAAGACAUCAAUGACAAUAUGCCUUACUGCCUGAAGCCGCGCUACCAUAUCGCAGUUAACGAAUCGAUCGCCAUUGGAACAGUCCUAGUUGAAAUUAAAGCCGUUGACUUUGAUUUGCAAAGCAAACUUCGGUUUUAUCUCUCGGGCAAAGGUGCUGACGACUUCACCAUUGGAAAGGAUAGUGGAAUCCUAAAAGUUGCCAACGCACUCGAUCGAGAAAGUACGCCUAGGUACAAAUUGGUAGCUCAUGUCCAGGAUGGAAAAGACUUUUCGCAAGAAUGCUUCUCCGAAAUUAUCGUUACAGUAAAUGACAUCAACGAUAAUACUCCCGUUUUCUCGAUGGCUCAGUAUAGGGUUAGCGUCCCGGAAGAUGCUCAACUAAAUACACUGAUCACUAAGGUGCACGCAAUGGAUAGGGAUUUCGGUGUCAAUCGACAAAUCAAAUACUUUUUGAUGGGCGAAAAUCAUGACUAUUUCCAAAUUUCCAAAACAACCGGUAUUAUUAAGCUGGACAAGAACCUUGAUCGCGAAACCAUUUCUCUAUUUAACCUAACCGUCAAAGCAGAGGACUGCGGCGUACCUAAGUUGCAUUCCAUUGCCACCGUGGCUGUAAACAUAUUGGACAUCAAUGAUAAUCCACCCGAGUUUAGUAUGCGACAGUAUUCCUGUAAAGUUUUCGAAAAUGCUACCCAUGACACCGAAGUCUGUACUGUCUAUGCCGCCUCAAUAGACAUUGGUGUGAACGCGGACAUUCACUACUAUAUAAUGAGUGGCAAUGAGCAGGGCAAGUUCCAAAUGGAUUCUGCAACGGGUGUGUUGUCCCUGAACGCAACGUUGGAUUACGAAAUGUCGAAAUUUUACUUCCUGACCAUACAAGCAAUCGAUGGGGGAACGCCACCUCUGAGCAAUAAUGCAUAUGUCAAUGUUUCUGUUCUGGAUAUUAAUGACAAUAGCCCCAAGUUUCUGCAGAACUUGUAUCGCAUAAAUGUAAACGAAGAUAUUGCGGUGGGAUCGAAGAUCGCUGUAGAUGUCAAGGCCACAGAUGAAGACUCUGGAACCAAUGGUCUGGUGAGUUACAGCAUUGAAAAGGGCGAUAACAUUGGCCAGUUCUCGAUCGAUAUUAAAAACGGAACAUUAAGUGUAUCACGACCACUGGAUCGCGAGACAAUUUCGCACUAUAGCUUAGAAAUUCAAGCCUGUGACCAGGGAACCCCUCAACGCUGCAAUAGUGUGCCAGUGCACAUAAAUAUUUUGGACACAAACGACAAUCCCCCCGUCUUCUCCAGUUCAAAUUAUAGCGUUAUGCUUCAGGAAAACCGACCACUGGGCUAUAUAUUCCUUACAUUCAAAAUAUCCGACGCAGACGAAUCACCCAAUACUACGCCAUACACAUUCGAUAUUCGGUCUGGGAAUGAGGCAAGGCUCUUUCGCCUGGAGCAAGAUGGCUCCCUCAGUACGGCCUCGCGGUUCAACCACAACUUGCAGGAUGAAUUCGUGAUUCAAGUUCGCGUUUUUGACAACGGCACACCGCCACUGUACUCCGAUGCUUGGGUCGUAGUGAAAAUAAUUGAGGAAAGCCAAUAUCCACCAAUAGCCACACCCUUGGAAGUAACAAUAAAUUCAUUCGAGGACGACUUCUCCGGUGCAUUUAUUGGAAAAGUUUAUGCCACUGACCAAGACAAGUACGACGAACUGACCUUCAGCUUGAUAUCCGGUCCCGAAGACAUGUAUCAAAAUGCAAAAUUGUUCAACAUUUCCACAAAAUCGGGGAAAAUCUAUGCCAUAUCCAACCUUGACAUUGGUCUCUACAAGCUGAAUAUCUCCGUCUCCGAUGGCAAAUUCCAAGUCUUCACCAUAGUCAAGAUCAAUGUGGAACUAGUAACAAACGACAUGUUGAAGGAAUCAGUUGUGAUCCGUUUCAGCAGAGUUUCAGCAUCUGAAUUCCUGCUCAGUCACAGGAAGACCUUUAUGCGCUCCAUUCGGAAUAUCAUGCGAUGUCGCCAGAAGGACGUCAUCUUGAUCACACUGCAAACGGAAGCUCCCAAGCACUCUGCGACUGCCACGCGGCAUGCUAGAUCAGUUGACCCAAAUUUGAAUGUGGUGUUUGCGGUCCGAAAGCAGCAGAUUAUACCCGAUUCCGACGAAUUCUUCACUAGCGACGAAAUCCGACAGACACUGAUUGACAAAAAGAAUGAGAUUGAGAACGAAACCAACUUGGUGGUCGAGGAAAUACUGCCAUCCAGCUGUCAGAGUAAGCAAAACGCUUGUGUUCAUGGAGAAUGCAAGCAAAUCUUGCGGAUUCUGAAGAAGAACGUAACGACCACGUUUACGGAUGUUAUAAGCUUUGCCGCUCCCUCGUACAGUCAGGUUAACAGAUGCGUCUGUAAGCCCGGAUUCGAUGGAAGGCAUUGCAAUGAGACGGUGAAUGCCUGCUCCUCGGAUCCCUGCUCUCCGCAAAGGAUCUGCCUGCCAUCUGGAUCCGUUCUGGGUUACCAGUGCGUAUGCCCCAAGGGAUUUUCGGGAACAUACUGCGAGAGAAAGUCAACGAAGUGUAAUAAUGAAUCCUGUGAUCUCGGUCUUUUUACGGCCGUUUCCUUUGGUGGCAAGAGCUAUGCCCACUAUAAGAUCAACAAGAUGAAGGCAAAAUUCGCUCUGGAAAACGAAUUUUCGUAUUCUUUGCAAAUAAGAACCGUGCAGCAAACUGGAACCCUGUUAUAUGCCAGCGGUAAGGUGGAUUACAAUAUACUGGAAAUCAUAAAUGGGGCUGUGCAGUACAGAUUCGAUCUGGGUUCUGGCGAGGGCGUCAUAAGCGUGUCGAGCAUUUACAUCUCGGACGGUGAGUGGCACGUGAUCAGCCUGGAGCGAUCCCUCAACAGUGCCAAGCUAAUGGUGGACAACAAGCACGUCUCGCACGGCAGCGCUCCCGGUGUGAAUGGAAUUCUGAACAUACAGUCAAAUGAUAUCUUCGUGGGCGCCGAGGUUCGACCGCAUCCAUCGAUAAUCGGCUAUGAGGAUAUUCAGCGCGGCUUUAUCGGUUGCAUGGCCAACAUCAAAAUCGCCAAGGAAUCGUUACCGCUGUACAUUUCUGGAGGCAGUACGAUAGCUGCCCUCAAGAGAUUCACGAAUGUCGAGUUCAAGUGCGAUCCGUCGAAUGUGCUGGUUGUUUUGGGGAUUUGCGGAUCACAGCCAUGUUCCAACAGCGGUAUCUGCAAGGAACUCGGGGCUACCGACUUUGAGUGUGCCUGCCAGCCCAGAUAUUCGGGCAAACAAUGCGAGAUUGAUCUGGAUCCGUGCUCCUCGGGGCCGUGCCUAUUUGGAGGGCGGUGCGAUUAUCAUGGACCCAAUAACUACAGCUGCACGUGCCCGAUUCAUCUGUCCGGAAAGAGGUGCGAGUACGGAAAGUUCUGCACUCCGAAUCCGUGCAAGAACGGCGGUAUUUGCGAGGAGGGCGAUGGCAUAUCACACUGUAUGUGCCGAGGCUACACAGGACCCACCUGCGAGAUCGAUGUGGAUGAAUGCGAGAAUCAGCCCUGCGGAAACGGAGCCACAUGUAUUAAUGAGCCUGGAAGCUUCCGGUGCAUUUGCCCAUCGUAUCUCACAGGAGCGAGCUGCGGAGAUCCACUGUAUUCGAAUUCGAUUUCCACAAAGUUGAAGAACUUUUCUAUGGAACAUAUAAGUGGAAUUAUAUCUGGCUUAGCCGUGGUAUUAGUGGUCAUAAGUUGUGCUCUUUGCUGUGUGGUUAUUAGAAGGAGUUCCUCCUCGAAGCGAAGGAAUAGGCUUGAAAAGGACAAGAGCAAGCCGUCGUACAAGGAGGCGAAUCUGAACUCUCUGGUCGAUAAAGACAAUUAUUGCAAGCCGAACGUUAAGUUGAGCAAUUUGGAAGUCAACCAGCGUCCAAUUAGCUACACAGCAGCGCCAAAUGAUAACCACCUCUUCCUAAGUAAUAGGAAUUUUGUCAACAAUUUAGACAUACUCCGAAGCUACGGUUCAGCCGGCGAUGAGCUUGAAAAUGUGCCAUUUGAGUAUCAGAAGGUCAAUCGAAAUAAGCAGCACGUCAACAUAAACUCCUGUCAUUCCGCCGCCGACGCAGAUAACACCGCCUACAAACAGGAGUGGUGUGAGCAGAUGCACCUGAGAACCUUUAGUGAAAAUAAACUGAACAAUGAACUCAAGAGGGACUUCGGACCAUCUGUUAGUCGCUUCUCGACUGGUAAAUUGAUCCAAGUUGAAAUGCCAAACGUGUGCCACUCUUCCAGUGCGAAUUUCGUUGAUUAUUCGGCUCUUGCCAAUGGCCAAUAUCAUUGGGACUGCUCCGACUGGGUUCGCAAAAGCCAUAAUCCCUUGCCAGAUAUCACAGAGGUUCCCGGUGCCGAAAUCGCGGACUCGUCUAGCUUACAUAGCAAUGACAGCAAUGAGUCCAAGUCGAAGAAAGCGUUUUUCGUUCACAGGGAAGAUGGAGGUGUUGAUCCGUCAAGGGAUAUAGCUGCACUGAAUGAGGAUAUCGGAUCGGAAUAUCUAGACUCGGAGGCAGAGAGCUGUUUGGAGCCGUUCAUGUUGCCGAUAUCAAAUAAUCAGCCGCUUUCAAGACUGAGUUCUUUUAAUAAUAUCGAGAAUGAAGACUAUAAAUCAAAUACAGUGCCUUUACCGUCGAAAGUUAGUCAUUCGUGCAAAGUAUAUUUAAGACAUCCUGAUUCAUAUUUACCUACGAUGCAUUUUCCAAGCGAAACGGAUGGUGAGAGCUCAAUGACCGAGGGGCCUAUUUCAAGGAAGGAAAUGAAAACCAGAAGGACGAUAAGUGAAAAUUCAGAGGAGGCAUACCUAUUUCCAUGUGCUGUCGGAGAAAUUGGCUCGAAUAGCAAUAUUUCGGUUCGACUGUGCGAAAUUGAAGAUUCUGAGUUGGAGGAGUUUUUACCGCAACAACCACAAACCAACAAUUAAAUGACAUGCUAAAUAUAUAUAUAAGAACUACAUUUUACACAAAAUACUUGAUUUCGUUAUAUACUAUUUCCAUAGGAAAAACUUUGGUUAUAUAUUUUCAAUAAAAAAAA